CUACCUUAAAAUCAAAUUAAGGAUGAGCAUUAAUUAUGCCUGUAAUAUAUUUUAGCCUUAUUUAAAGAAUUAAGGAAAACUGGGAGGAGACAAUCUGUAAACACCGACUUCAUGCAAUAUCACAAACUAUCUUAAGUAUUUAAUUGUGAAGUAUAAAAGGAUAAGACUUUCACAGAAUCUUUUCCCGUGUCGCUUCAAAGAACUAAACCCAACUUUAAAAAUCAAUUGUCUUAAUUAGAAUUGUAAGAUAUGAAUAUUAUAAUAAAGCGAUGAUCACUAAAUUGACUUUAAAAAUCACCCAUUUACAUUUUAGGAUAAGACCGAUCAGAAGACUGAAGUAACCAAGAAGAAAUUUGUAUUUGAUGAGCAUUAAUCAACUAAAUAAGGAGAGUUUAAGAAUUUUAUGAAUGCAAUGGAUGAUUAUAUAAACUUUUUGAAUGAAAGUUCUGAGUGCUUGACUUUGAAUUCAGAAAAUUACAGCUAAUUAGAGAAUAUACUAUUUGCUAAAUUUAACAUUAUUCGAUAAAAGCAUGAAGAGUUAAAUAAGAAAUACAAAUUGGCAUAAUAAAAUUUUAAAGCUCAAAAAUAUUAGAAUUAGUUACUCAAAAAGCAAAUAGUAGAGAUUCAUUCGCAAUUGGAGGAAGAGAGAUAAAAAAGCUGUGUAUUGUAAGAUAUAAAUGAAAAACUGAAAAAGAAGUAUAGGGACUUAUAAAACAAAACACAAUUUAUUCAAAAUUCAUUUGUGUAAGAUAGAAUGAAGUACGAUCAUAAACGGUAGAAUUAAUUUCAAUAAAGUAUAUCAGUAGAUGAAACUGAUAGGGGUACAACAUAGCAAACUUAUGAAACGAAUGAUGAUUAAUAAAAUGUGACCAAAUUCUUAAAAUCUUAAAUGCGAAAGUUGAGAUUGAACAAUUAAUAAAUUGAUGAUUAUUCUCGUCUAUAUAAAAAAAUUAGUGAACAUAAUAAUGAUGACUUUUGA